GCACAGACCGGCAUCUCGUUCGUUCCCCUCCCCUGCGGCCACGAACCCCCAUGUCGGACGCGUACAAGAAAGCGAAGCCCGGCCGCCUCGUCUUCAAGGGCGGCGAGGCCGCCUCCCUCCACAAGCCGAAGAAGCACAAGAAGGCCAAGCGGCCCGCCUCCGACGCCCCCGCCGACGCCGAAGCCGAGGCCGAGGCCGAGGCCGCGGCAGCGCCCGUGGAGGGCGGCGAGGGCGGAGGCGACGAGUACACCAUCGACGCGGCGAAGCGGAUGAAGUACGAGGAUCUGUUCCCCGUUGAGUCGAAGAAGUUCGGGUACGACCCCGCCAACGCCGCCAAGGCCUCCCGCAGCCGCACCGUGGAGGAGGCCCUCGACGACCGCGUGCGCAAGAAGGCCGACCGCUACUGCAAGUGAGGUGAUUCACUCAUUCGAGUUCACAGUUCUUGUGGAUGGUAGCUGUGCUCAAUGUAUCACAAAGGGUAGGUCCUGAUGGCAUAUUGUAAAUCAAGCUAGUUUAGUGAGUAUUUCCUUACUAGCAAAGGAAGGGAUGGUAGCUUCUGGUAUAAUCCUCUCGUUCACUCACUCUCACAGUGUCACCUGUUUUGGUCAAUUAGAUAAAACACUACUUGUAUUUGAUCCAGCUAUAAGCCUGGUAAUACUGUAUUCUUUCUGUUGUGUGACUAUUUUUGGUUUAUACCUGCCUUAUCCAUAGUUAUGGUGUGAUGGGGCACCCUUAUCCAUACUUUAUAUAGCUCUACGUGUGGUUUUAUUGUGGAUUUAGGCUGCAGAUGACUGCAGCACGUAGUGCUGUAACUAGAGGUGGUAAUGUAUGCAACCUUUUUGCCUACAAAACUCAAGGGUUGGGUCCAAAAUAGGGUAGGCUAAAAUUUUAUAGAUUUUUGAGCUAAAAAUUUUUAAGGGUUAUAAGUAGGGUUAUGAAAGGACCCAAGGGCCUUGGCCUAUUAUCACCCCUAGCUGUAACCGCCCUUCUU